UGAACGUCCCAGUGAAUUCUACUUUCUGCUACAACCAAAUAUUUCAAUUAUUCUAACAACUAGCCAAAAUGCAUAUUCUCGGUAUUGCAAAUGGCUCACUCGAUGGAAACUCGGAGAUUCUCCUAAAAGCAGCCCUGACUGCUGCCGUGAAAUUCAACACCUCAAUUACGACUUCAUGGAUCCACGCUCCUUCAGUCCGCGUGCCCAAUAAUCCCAAGCCGUUAAGUGGCUCCCAGGAUGUCUCUGCGGGAACCAAUGCGGCGUUUCAAAGUGCGGAAUCAGGGACAGGCGACAGUUUAGAUGAUCGCGCUGCUGUUCUGAAUGCAAUUCUCAAUGCCGACGCUCUGAUCUUGUCGUCCCCGAUUUACAGCCAUCAACCUGCGGGGACGCUCAAGACACUGGUGGAUCGUAUUCUUGGCCCCUUUACCGAUGUGGCCCUUGCCAAAAAGACGAUCGAGAUGAGGGCCGGGGAUCCACGGUUUGUGGACAAGAAUGUUGAUUCACGACUUCUCAAGCCACGGGUGGUUGGGUUCAUGGCUGUUGGUGGCUCGACAAAUACCGACCAGAUCACUAUGGCGUUGCCUACGAUGCAUAAUCUCGUUUACUCCCUGCACGCCAAAGUAGUCGAUCAGGUUGUGUUCCAAGGUUAUGGUGCUCCCGGCUCAGUGUUAGCGACAGGCAAAGGCGACGCGGUAGAAAGAGCCGAGACGCUGGGAGAGAACGUUGCCAGCCAGCUUGGAAGGCAGUUUGAUGAAGCCAAAUACCUGGGCCCCGAGCCGACGGGAGCAUGUCCGUACUGCCAUUUAUCGAAGAUCGAUAUGUUUUGCACAGGGGACAAUAAGAUCGGCUGCGUUACCUGUGGAGCAGAAGGGAAGCUCGUCGUGGGGGAGGAUAAUGUGAUUCGUCCUGUUUGGGAGGCAAACUGUUCCAUCUCAUGCAUCACCAUGGCAGGGAAGGAGAAACACGUCGACGAUGUGAUGAGAACCGGUCAGCAAGAGAAGCAGGUUCUUCAUUCUGACCCUGAAUUGGCGACGAAGAGGGAAUAUUGGCGGGCUGUUCAGAUUCCUAAUGUUCCUCUUCCUAGUAAUCAGCGAGCUCAAAGGCUGUAGAGAAGUGCAUUAGCAAUUGCCUAAGUCUUUGAAUGAAUUAUCCCUAUUUAGUUAUUAGUAUGUCAAUUUAGAAGUGAUAUUAGCCUUUUUAAAGAUAUAUUCAAAACAAACUGGUGUUGUCAAGAUUUGCCUCUCAGCGGAAGCCCGGGCAAUCGUCACCGGCAAAGUUGGAAACUGCAGCUUGGAGCUCUGAUCUCACCCCGCAAACCCAGAUACCCCAGCUGCUAUCCAACCCAACUGCCGACUGAUUUCACGAUCUUGUCAGAUCUAUCGCAUCUUCAUUUUCUGCAUUCAUUUUACUCUCGGAAUAUCCGCCAAGAUGGCAUCUCACAGCCCCAACGAAGAGGGCGCAUUGAGCAACUUUCCGCAAGACCCGUCCGAUUUCGACAGCGACCCUCGAAUCUCGUUCUCAAAGCUCGACGACAAAUUCAUAUUGGAAACAGAUGAUGGACAGGAGUUUGAAUACGAUACAAAACUGAAGCGAUGGGUUC